CAGGUGGACCCCGAGCGCCUGUUCAGCAACAUCCCCGAAAUCGCGCGGCUGCACCGCGGGCUGUGGGGCGGCGUGAUGGCGCCCGUGCUGGAGAAGGCGCGGCGCACGCGGGCGCCGCUGCAGCCCGGAGACUUCCUCAAAGGCUUCAAGGCGUUCGGCUCCUUGUUCAAGCCUUACAUCCGGUACUGCAUGGAGGAGGAGGGCUGCAUGGAGUACAUGCGCGGCCUGCUGCGUGACAACGACCUGUUCCGCGCCUACCUCACGUGGGCGGAGAAGCACCAGCAGUGCCAGAGGCUGAAGCUGAGCGACAUGCUGGCCAAACCUCACCAGCGGCUCACCAAAUACCCGCUGCUGCUCAAGUCAGUGCUGAGGAAGACGGACGAGCCGCGUGCGAAGGAGGCCGUCCUCACCAUGAUCAGCUCGGUGGAGCGCUUCAUCCACCACGUGAACACCUGCAUGCGGCAGCGGCAGGAGCGGCAGCGGCUGGCGGCCGUCCUGAGUCGGAUCGACGCCUAUGAGGUGGUGGAGGGGACCAACGAUGAGGUGGACAAGCUCUUGAGAGAAUUUCUGCACCUGGACCUGACAGUGCCCAUCCCUGGCGCCUCCCCGGAGGAGACACGGCAGCUGCUGCUGGAGGGGAGCCUUCGGAUGAAGGAGGGGAAGGACAGCAAGAUGGAUGUGUACUGCUUCCUCUUCACCGAUUUGCUCUUGGUGACGAAGGCUGUGAAGAAGGCAGAGAGGACCAAGGUCAUCAGGCCACCACUGUUGGUGGACAAGAUCGUGUGCCGGGAGCUUCGGGACCCCGGCUCCUUCCUCCUCAUCUACCUGAACGAGUUCCACAGUGCUGUGGGGGCCUACACAUUCCAGGCCAGUGGCCAGGCCUUGUGCCGUGGCUGGGUGGAGGCCAUUUACAAUGCCCAGAACCAGCUGCAGCAGCUGCGAGCACAGGAGCACCCUGGUGGCCAGCAGCACUUACAGAACCUGGAAGAAGAGGAGGAUGAGCAGGAAGAGGAUGACGAGGAGGAUGAAGAAGGCGAGGAAAGUGGAGCGUCGGUGGCCAGCUCCCCCACCAUCUUGCGCAAGAGCAGCAACAGCCUCAACUCCCAGCAGUG